UGUUCACGACCCGCUCGAGCCGCUGUCGCGGGAACGGCAGAGUCGCUGGCUCGCCUCAGCCAGUCAGUCAGUCACUCAGCCCUGAGGAGGGAGGAAGGGAAAGCGAGGGAGCGGGCGGGAUUAUUAUGGGCUGUGGGUGCCGCCGCUGCUGCUGCUGCUGAGGCUGAGGAAAGAUGGAGCUGUCUGCAGUGGGUGAGCGGGUCUUCGCGGCCGAAUCCAUCAUCAAGCGGCGGAUCCGAAAGGGACGCAUCGAAUACCUGGUGAAAUGGAAAGGCUGGGCCAUCAAGUACAGCACUUGGGAACCUGAAGAGAACAUCCUGGAUUCCCGCCUGAUCGCAGCUUUCGAGCAAAAGGAACGUGAGCGUGAGCUGUACGGACCUAAGAAGAGAGGACCCAAGCCUAAAACUUUUCUUCUGAAGGCUCGGGCCCAGGCGGAGGCCCUACACAUUGGGGAUGUACAUUUUUCUGUCAAGCCUAGUUCUAGCACAUCCUCGCCUAAACUCCACUCGAGUGCUGCUGUGCACCGGCUCAAGAAGGACAUCCGGCGAUGCCACCGUAUGUCCCGGCGCCCUUUGCCACGCCCAGAUCCCCAGAAUAGCGGAGUGGGUGGGGGUACGGGCAUCCGCCCUCCUGUCUCGCCCUUUUCGGAGACCGUCCGCAUCAUCAACCGCAAGGUGAAGCCUCGUGAGCCCAAGCGCAGCCGCAUCAUUCUCAACCUGAAGGUCAUUGAUAAAGGUGGGAAAGCCACUGGUGGGGCAGGAAGCUUGGCACGGCCCAAGAUCCCUUCGCGAAACCGUGUCAUUGGCAAGAGCAAGAAGUUCAGUGAGAGCAUGCUUCGUAACCAGAUCCGCCACAUGAAAUUUGGAGGCUUCCCUCUGUACAACAAGCCGUCAGUUCCCGCCCCAUCCUUGGAGGGCAAGACAGAGGCAGGAGGCUCCCAAGGUACCUCAUGUGCGCUCAUGGGCUCCGCUGCCUAUGAUGCCCGCAGUUCCAGCUCCUCUGACUGCCCCUCACCAGCUCCACACUCCUCAUCUGAUCCAGAUGAUUCUCCACCAAAGCUGCUUCCCGAGACGCUAAGCCCUGCCAUUCCUGACUGGCGAGAGUCAGAGGUCCUUGACCUGUCAAUUCCGCCUGAGUCAGCAGCCACCAGCAAGCGGUCUCCUUCCGGGGGAGGCUGCGGUGGUCAGAUGCCGUCAUCUCCAUCCUCUUCUGACCCAGAGCAGGAAGCUGGUGAUUGGCGCCCUGAAAUGUCCCCUUGCUCUAAUGUGGUGGUCACUGAUGUCACCAGCAACCUCCUGACGGUCACCAUCAAGGAAUUCUGCAAUGCAGAGGAUUUCGAGAAGGUGGCAGCAGCUGGAGGAGGAGGAGGUGGUGGUGGAGGUGGUGGUGGUGGUGGCAGCAGCAAAUGAGAAGCUGCGUUCCUCUUUCACAGGUUGGGGGAGGGGGAUGGGACAGGGAGGCUCUACUGCAAGGUCAUGCAUGGUGUGAAUGCCUGUUUUCUCCUCUCCUCAUCAUCCAUUCUUUCUCUUUUUGCUUGGAAAUUAAGGUGGUCGUAUAGAAAUGGGAACAGAUGUGUUUGAAGUUCCCAAAUGUCACAGCUGCUAGUGUUUAUGGUGAAGACAUAAGUUUCCCUUUAUGUCUUCAAGGAUUAUGUUGCACUGACUUAGAGACUAGUGAAUAAGAACUUGAGAGGAUAGGUGGGUAUGUUUAAAUGAGGAAAGUUAUAUAUUUUUUUCCAUUCUGUUAAAUAAAACACAAACCUUUGGCCAAACAGCUGGGCAGAGUCUGUACUCCCUAUUUUACAGUUCUCUGCAGCUCUGUCCAUGUCUCCUUCUCUUAAAUCUGUGACUUGGGUAAUAGCUAGCAUUAACUACACCCUAGGAAGAAUAACUUUUGAGGGGAAGGGAGAGGCUGCUGCAGAACUUCUAAGGGAAUGUGGGUGUCCUAACCCUGGAAUAUGCUCCUGGGCAUUCUUUAUUUUUGCAUAUAUUAGAAGUGCUAACUUGGUAAACGUGAUGAUUUUGGAAAGGGGGGAGUCAUGUUGGUCUGUUGCAGCAAAAACGAUGAAGAGUCUUGUAGCACCUUAAAGAUGUGCACAUUCAUUAUGGCAUACACUUUGUAGGUUGUAGUCCACAAAAGCAGUGUAUUCAUUUUUAAGAUGCCGCAAGGCUCUUCGUAAUUGUGGGAGCCCUUGUAGACAGCUGGGUGCAUUCUCCCCCUCCCACUUGUCUUGAACCAUUUCUCUAUCAGUCCUGGCUCUAGCACACCCUGCACAGGUUUUGCUCAAGCGAGAGCUGCUUCAGACUUAUUAAGCUAACAGUCUUGUCCUGUAUUGUGUGCUGCUCUUCCUUCCCCUCCUUUACAUCUGAGGUGCCUGGGUCCCCUUCCUGAAACCUACUAAUGGUGAAAAGGGAGAGGAGCCCCACAUCUGCCCUUCCAUUUGGGAGAGGUGGAAAUAUUGUGCAGUGAGAUAAAACCCACUAUUCUUAUUUUUCAUUGGUGAACUUAAUUCCAUCAUUCCUUCAGUGUAUGGAUAAAAAGCAUUUGCUGCUUGUGUUUUUCCCCAUCUACAUACAAGUGAGUUGGGAGAACAUUCCCAUCAGCAAUUCCCAGGAUCUCACUCUGCCUCUGCAGUUACCAACCAAAGGUGCUAAUUACCUAUUGUAAAAACUUACUCUAUGUCUCUUAGAUCUUGGUGUGUAUGUGUGGUGUGCAUGUACAGUGUAUGUUUGCCUCUCCCUCCCAUCCACCUGUCCACAACACCUUGCUUUUCAUGAAUUCAUUCUGAUGAAACCUUAACUUAGUCUUGAAAGCAAGUAAUAAUGUGGCUGUUUUUGCUAUCUCACCACCAUUGCCCAUAAGCUAUUAAUAACUAUGAAUUUGUGUCCAAAAUUCACUGCAGAGGUAAAACCAUUUCUGCAACCUUCUAUUUCAUGGUUCUUCUGUUUAUGUUCCAGCCUUGCUGCAAACUUCCCUUAUCCUGUGUGCCUCUGUUUCGUUUCCAGUGGCACACGUACGUGUGUGUGUGUGUUGUGUUGCCUGUCAUACUAUUGUAAACUUUGUUACACUGUGGAGGGAAGGGGUAUGUUUGAGGUAAUAAUUCUUAAGGGCUUGUCUGCAUGCUACGCUGUCACUGAACUAACUAAAUCCAGUUUUUAAUGGCAUCUCUCUUCCCUGUAUUCCUGUUUGAACUUUCUACUUUCAAGGGCUUGCUUUUGCUUGUUUUUUUACAUUGAGUUAAUUAUUUAUACAUUUGUGUAGAAGGCUGGUUCUGCAAGUAUUGUGGUUUUUGCUUCUUGAUUGGCAAGUUUUUUUAAAAGUGAGGUGCUUUGACCUUUUCAGUAUUUCACAUUAGGAAGGACUUGCCUUUUCUCUGUAACCCCCACCCUAGGUUCUUUUAAAGCAGCCCCACUUUUAUUCCUUCACUUUGCAAAGUUUGACUUGGCUACAUCUGUGCUUAAAAAGAAGCUGUGUUCAGGAUUGAUGGCCAAGUACAGGAUUGAGAGAUGAUGUGUGGUGAUACCUUAUUAAUAAUCUUAAAUAUGAGUGUCUAUACAUAGAGAUGCCUACCAAAAGCAAAAUGUAUAAUGUUAAACAGUGUGGUUGUCUGUGACAGUUUGAGUGUAAUCAGUAUCUAAGACAUACGAUUCAAAAUGUUGCUGUUCCUUUAUCCUACCACGCAACACCUUUUGUGUCUUUUUAAAAACUACUUCAAAACCAGUGACAUCUAUACGGUGUGCAGGGUUAUGUACCUCUACACUCCUCCCACUAAUGUACAAGUCCAAGGCUUUUUGUAAUUCCACAGGUGCAUGCUUUGGAAUAGCUGUUUGUUGUUUUCAUGGGUUCAGUGAGACAGGCUGUAUUGUUGCUCAGCCUCAGAAGAAGUGAGAGGCUUUUUCAUGGGAGUUUAUUUUAAUGGCUGUAGCUUCAAAGGUGGGUGGGCUGGGAUGAGGGUAAAGAUGUAUAAUGGUGGGUUAGCAGGGAGACUUGUAUUAAAGAGAAGACUUUAAAGGAGAAAAAAUAGAAUUAUUUUAUGAAGCUGCAAGAGAGGAACUAUUAUAUUGGAUGGGUGCAUACUAGUCAAUCGUGUUUUGAGAUUGCUUGGUAUGUUUGUGUGGUGUUUUGUUUUGAAGGUUGUCUUAUAUUUGAAGAAGUAGGUGGGCAAUAUAAAAGGGAAUUUUAAUAGGAAAUUCUUCAGAUACUUUAGCACAUGUUCUCUUGGCUGAUUUUCCCCACCCCUCCCCUGAAGUCUCUUGUCACUUUGGCCUCUGUGAGUUUCCAUAGAGUAGGGCUUUUGCUUCUCUUUGAUGUGGUGCAAAAUUGUAGUCCUUUACAAGAUGGCUGACUUAAUCUAAAAUUUCUCCAAGGGUUUUUUGUUCACCCUGUCAGUGUUGGAAGGAGGCUAGGGAAGGCACUAGCUUUGUUGGAGUUUGUCCCAAAAGGAGAGACCCAGUGCUAGAAAUAAUGAAGUGACAGUGGGAGCAGAAAACAGCUUCACAUGGUAUGGCAAAGAGAGUUUCUCAUUUCUCCUUCAUAAUCACUUUAACUUGAGGGUAAAGGAGGUGGGGACACAUUUUUCAGAUAUGGUCAGGAGGUGCACUUGGCUGAGAUUUCUGGGUGUGUGUUGACUGUGUUUUCAGUCACGUGUCUCCCUCCACAUAUUAAUAUUUCCUAGUGUGAUACAUAAAUAGGAACACAUCUUUCCCAUAAUAUGUGAAGCAGCCUGUGUGUGAGAGGGCGGCCCAUCUGCUGGUAGAAUCCUUAGACUUUUGGGUCUCAAAUCAUAAUGCCUGAUUUAAAAAUAGGGAUUCAGAUAGCAACUCCUGCAUUGGCAUGGUGCCAUACCUGUAGCUGCUGGAGUUCAGUGCAGUGGUGGCUGCCGUCAUUGCCCAUCCUUCUAGCCCGGUUGGAGUAGCAACCAUCUGAAUUAUGUUGGUAGCCCCUGUCUGGCUCAUAGCUGUCAUGUGCUGAGUCAGCAACAGCUGAGAUGCCAGACUCCUGCCUGGAAGGACCCUAAAGGGUUUUCCCUGGGGAGGAGGUAAGUUGACAGCAAAGCCCUGGCAGGUUGAUACUGAAGGGCCAAUUGGAUGGAGAAAGAGUAUGGUGCUGUGCUGGUGGUUGCUUGCAUCAAUGUUAUCUCUUCUGUGUCAUUACAACCAGCUAGCUACAUCAAGAUGAACAGGCUAGAGAUAUGGUCUAGAGUAACUAGUCUACAGCGUUGUGGGAGAUUUGAGUUUACAUAGCACCAGGAGCCAUUCUGAUACAAAGAUUAGUCUGCUGUUCUGGCAUUGACUUUGGCCACUUUGACAUUAACAGUCCCAACCCCUAAUUGGCAUUCUUGGGGGCUCUGUUCUGUCGGGAUUGUAUCAGCCUAUUAGCCCAUUUGCUCCCAGAGACUUGAACAUUUCCCUCCUCAGAAGAACCAUCACUCUUGAGGGAGGAUCAAUGUGUGCCCCCACCUUCUCAUUUGGCGCACACUCUCCAAAUAGCAAAUUGUGUUGAUCUUUCCUGUUAAGUGGCAACCAUGGUCUCUGCCACAAUAUAGCCACUAGAGGGUGACAGAAAGCUACUGUUAUUAUUUAGUGACUUGAUGAGCUGAGUCGGAUUGCCUUGAAUCUUUAUGAAUUUUCCAUCAUGUUGAUAGAGGAUAAGAGACAUCCUGUACACAUACUUCAUUCAAAGAUGGCAUAUGGCUUCAGUGUGGGGAAAACCAGGGGAAUAUUCUUUGUGUCUGUGCCAUGCUUGUUGUCCUUUUUGUUCUUAGAGAAGAGAGUUUGAUGAAAGGGGGGGGGGGAGAGAAAGAAAAGACUAGUUUUGCAAAAAAAAGAAAAGAAAAAAGGAAAAGUUUUUUGUAAAAAAAAAAGGUAAUGAGAUUUUUACAGACAGAGGAGGAUAGAGAAUUUAAAACUAUUAAAUGCAGUGAUUGCACAAAUUGUAGUGAUAUUAGCUGGUCCUUAAAGAAGAGAGUAUUUUUAGUAUUAGUGUGUGGUACGGAGGGUGGUGUUCAGAUCGUUCAAAUUGGGUGAGGGAAGAGCAAAGAGUGUGAGAAGAGCAGCCUUUUCCAAGCAGAAGAAGCAAGUCUGUGUCUUAGAAAACUAUUUUUCUUCUCUCUGCUACCCUUAACAUAAGGAGUGGGGAGAAUGCCUGCCUUCCUGUCCUCCCUUCCUCCCUCCCUAAAUAUGAUGGAGCCAGAGUUCAGCCUCAUUCUGGCAAAGCGUUGUCAGGUGAAUUAUGUGGCAUUUUUUCAUUAACUUGCUGGUGCAAGUUAAGAGUCUGGACAUCACGAUGACCUUUUGAAGUGAGACCUACUGAAUUAAAUGGAACAUGUUGCUGCUUUGUGGCUGUUCAGUAAGAUCUAGGAUCUCUGACAAGCAAGAAACAUGUGUUAGGCAGCUGUAAAGCUAACAAAGUCUUAGAAGCUGGCAAAACAUUCUUCUCAUUCAUCAGCAGGUCAACUUCAGUAAAUACUGGGGUUGGCAUUCAAGAAAUCCCUUUAAAUAACUAAACUCACUGUACAUCCUCCAAGUCCAUGUAAACCAGAGAUUUAAUAACCUUCAUACGUCAGGAGAAAAGAUCAGGGCCUUCCUGAGGAUGACAAACACUAAACUAUGGCAUCCUCAGGAAGGCCCUGAUCUUGGGCUGCAGUGGUCGCUUUCAUUCUUGGCCCUGAAAGAAAGCAGGUGAAAGGAGCAAGGGAGGCCUUACAGACCAAGUAUGCAAUUAACAUUUUGGAGGAAGGGUCGCCAUGAAAGUGGGGGAUAGUCCACACACAAAAAGGAUAACGUGACUUGAUAUACAGUUGGACAGUGUGACAGCUGGGUGUAAAUACUGUCCAUAAAGUUACCUGUCUGCACUGAGUGGUAGCAGAUGGGUUAGUGUUCUUUCUCCUGGUCCAAAGAAGGUAUGAACAACUGCUAGGCUUAACAUGAACCAAGAAAGAGUUCACUUAUUCCCUGGCAGCAGCCUGCGCCAUCUGGGAAAUCCCUCCAUUCCAUUUUGAGACUCCUAUGUCAGGAAAAUCCUUGUAAUGCAAAUGUGUUGAACACCUUGCAAGCCGUUUGGAUAGAUACAGGACAGAGGAACAAUCUCCUGGUUUUUAUAGGGUGCAGACUGGAAUAAGGGGAAUGAAGAAUGGCAGUUCUUAAUGGAGCAAGUUUGUGUCCUGCUCCUCUGUGUGCAGUUUCCUUUAGUGUCUGCAGAAAUGGCUUUCAUGUUUAUCGCCUGCAUGCAAAAUUGUACCUUUGCUUCCAUGCUCUUAAUUAUUCACUUCUAGCAGCAAGGCAGAGCUGAAAUGGAAAUUCGGCAUCUGGUUAGGAAGAAGUAUUAGAUGUAUCUCCAAGAAAGCAAAAUCUUUCCCAGGUUUGUGCCUCUGUUGUGCAGAGAUCUGUUUUUCACCUGUUCACUUUUAGGGGAGCUCCCUUUUUCUCACCUAUUCCUAACCAGUAGAACUGCGAUAUACUUACUCAGUGGGACUUCCAUCCUAUAUUCCUGUGUAUGCUAGCUUAUAUUUUGUAAUUGGUUGUUGAUAGUUAUGGUUAUACAUACAGGGAGUGGGCGGUGUUAAGAAAGUUCAUGAGAACAAGCCAGACCUGUAAUUCUGGGUGAGCUGCUCAAAUACUGUGCCCCCCAUCUCAGGAGAAUUUGCCUCUGUUAUUUGAUAAUUUAGACCUCCCCAGACAAAAAAAGGAUGUGCUGUCUAAUCCUACCUCCAGUAUAAAAUGGGUGUUAUCUGAGCUGAAUGUUCUGGUCAUCAUGGUCUCAUGUUUGGCCUUUUGUGUUUUGAGGAGGAUCAGUUGCUUUGCAACAUGCUUUGCUGUCCACCUUCUGUGCAGCCUGCAGUUGCCCAAAGAGCAACUUUUUGGGCAACUAAGAUGAAAGGGGGGGAAAUAGGAUAAGGGGAUCCCCCCAUGCCUGAUACUGCCUCGGCUGAGGAAGCAUUGGGGUUGUUGAGAAAAUUGGGACACUCUUGGUCCCAGCAGGUGUAGAAUUCCUAUUGUGGUUUGGGCAAGGAAAUGUAAUAGCCCUGAAAUGGAUUUUCCACUAAGUGCUCAGAGUCCCUCUAUGAGCCUUCAUGUCACUAUUUUUCCUCCCCUCCCUUGCCUCUUGCCCUGAGGCCUUGCACUGUAUUGCCUGGUGCAUCCUGUGCACUAAUGUUGCUUGCUUUGCUGCUUAUUUUGACUGUCUACUAAUGGUGCAAGAGCUGGGAUCUUACUUUCUUUUUAUUGUAAGUGUAUGUACUUUGUAUAUAUAAAAAAUCCUCCACUUAACCCGCUACUGUGCUUUGUAUUAAGCAAAGGCAGCAUGGACCAGUAGCAUGACCAUAAUGCUGAGAAUUAGGAAUGCUUGAACGCUGUGAUCCAUAAGCCAAUUAGCUUCUUUCGGGGUGGGGGGUCCUGGUCCUCUAGCUAAAACAGGGAAGGGGGGGAUUGCUGUAGUAAAAGCUGUUUUUAUGAACAGCCCUAACUGUACUAUCACUUAAUAUUUUCCCAGUAUAUAUGUUAGCUCACAACCACUUCUGGUUUUGAGAACCCACAAAAAUAAAGUUAAGGGUUGGCAUGUUUUUCUGCUCCAUAUGGCUUUUUCUCUCAAGUUGGUACAGCAGCAACAACAACCUGGCUGGCUCUUAGUCUUCUCCCCUACUGUCUCUCCUGACCUUCUUCAGAGUUCCACUGGCUUUUAUUGGCAUAGGGGUUAAUUGCCCAGGUUACUUCUGAAUAGUUAAAUGCAUAACCUAUGAACAACAUAUGAAGCGCCUUAUAUUGGACUGAGUCAGCUCGUUGGUCCAUCCAUUCCUCUUGGCUAUUCUGAUGGGCAGCGACUCUCUGAAAGAGACAGAGCUUUCCCACCCCAUCUUAAUAGAAGGUGCUAGGGAUUGAGCCUGGGCUGUAAUUACAUGCAACACAUGUGGUUUUUACUACUGAGUUGCGAUCCUUCCCAAUGUCAUUUUUUUAUGCUCCUUAUCCAUGUCCUCAGUGAUUAAUAGCCAAAGGAUUUUCCUUGAAAUAGGAAGGGGGUUUGAAACUGGUGUCCAUCUAUAUAUGCAGACAUGACUGUGACACAGAUCAUAUGACAAAGACUGUGUAAGUACUGCAAGGGUGGAAUUUUAAUAUAGGCUUUUGAAUUCAGCAUCUUAUGAGACUGUAUUCUUUCUCUUUUUAACCUUUGGAUUCUAACCUUUUUGCUCCCAAUGACUAGCAGAAGCAGAAUAAAUUAUGCAAACGAAGUAAAUUAUACAGAUGAAGUUAACUUGUAUAACUUAGGCAUCCUGCAACUUUUGGUGCGGGCAAAGUCUAGAUUGCCUUGUUGCAGAGUUAUUUAUGCAUAAAUAUUGUCUGAACUACAAAAUAUAUGUCACCUUCAUAAAGACUUCAUUUGUGUCAAGGAAAAGUAACAUCUUAAUGUAAGCAAUGUGAUCUCAGGGUUGUUUCAGUACAUGAGAACUUUAUGGGAUUAGGCUCAUAGUUUAUAUCUUGGGUGCAGAACCUCAGGACCUGGGGGCCAAAUCCCAGGUAGCCACACUCCUUUCCCCGGCUUCACCCCUUUCCCCCUAACCCCCAAUUGUUUGGUGGUCUCCCACCAUUGCCGCAUCUUCCCCCCGCCAUUCGAAAAGCCUGAAAUGCCCCCUCCUACGGCUUAGUUACUGGCAGUAAGAGCUUUAAGAUAAAAUAUGCUGGUAUCUUUUGCCUUCAGCCCCACCCAGUGCUGGAACGUGGCCCCUGAAAGUUUCUCUGAAAUGGAAUUUGGCCCUUGGGCUGAAAGCGGUUCUGUGCUCCUGAUCCACAUCCUAUUGCUGUCUCCAUUGGAGGCUGUUAUUGAAUGCUACAUGCACAAUAGGACAGAAUCUAAAAACUACGCUAAUUGUUUACUCUCUGGGCUGAUUGCCAAUUGCCCAGCUGGAACAAGAGACUCCACAGUGCUCAGGUUGGUCCCUCCGAAUCGUUAGGGUCUUGGGAUUACUUGGUUGAGUUCUCUAUUCCUUAAAUCCCAAGUGGGUGGGAAGAAAAACGUAUAUAUUUCUGUGGCUGUAUUCUUUUUGUGUAUCACAAGAUGAAACUGCCUAGGGCUCCCAGCAGUUCAAUUCUUGACAACAAAGGAGCAUGCCCAAGAGGUGCUUGGAUCCUGAUGAUUUAUCAAUCCAAUAUUUUACCUAAGCGAUAUUCCAUAUUUAGCGCCUGCCCUGGAGGAAUGCAGAUAACAUCUGAACAGGCAUCACAUUCUUUGCUUGUGAAGGUGGAAGAAAGCUGUAGUGCUGCUUCACUUGCUCAAAAAACGGAGAAAAAGAGUGUAUAGAGUUCUUAGGGGGGAAGUGGGUGGGUGUAUAUUAUCAAACGGAUAAGUAGAGCAACAAAAGAGAGGAGAACAAAGGAAUAUAAGGGGUUGUGUCCAGAUGUAAGCAAAAGGUACCUCCCUCUCAUGGAAGGCAGAUCCUGGACCCAACCCAAGAACUAAAAGGACUUUUUUCUCUCUUUGCAAUAGGCAGUAAAAGAUACUUUGUAGGUGAAGAUGUUUUCCAGAUUAACUUAAAAUGUAACAUUCUGUAAACCCUUUCCUGUUUUCCAGAGCACUUAAAAAUGUUAUAAGCACAUGCUUUAAAUAUAAUUUCAGCAUUCUCCUAUUGGGGUCUCGAGUGUUAACAACUUUAUCAUUUCAAAUGGGGUCUUCUGUCCAAUAUUAUUUGCCUGACCCCCAGGAUCAGUGUUAGUUACAGGCUCUUAGAAAACCAGUCAUUCCAUGCUGUGUUUCCAGGCACAAGAAUGGCUUGCAGGAAUUAACCUGUGUCAUUAAAUAGCUUAGCAGGGAAUUUUUAUUACUCCUUCUGCUGAGACUCUUGAAUCUUUCAGUAGCCAUGUCUUGGAAAUAGAUAUAUGCAGUCAACACUUUUUUUUAACAUUCUUGAGCACUUGGAAGACAUGGGGAAACUCUCCAACAUUCAACAUAUAGUACCCAGUUCUGUUGCAUUUGGGCUUUUCUAUUGAGCUAAGCAAAUAUCUUAGUAAAGCACCUGUUCUUCAGAGGCUGCUGUAAGUGUGUAACCAGUGAUAGAUUGCCCUGUGGUGUUCAUAGGCCCAUCUCAGUGGCAGGACAGGUGUCUAUUUUAACCUGGCAGUAACAUGGUAGUUUUAAUUCUGAGGAUAUCUUUUCCUUGUAGCACCUGAAAUGCAAAGAACAGGGGAAAUCAGUGCAGAUAUAAAAGAGAGGUGGCAAGAUCUGUGAAUAUUUUCUAAGGUGAGUGGCACAGAAGCAAGUGGUUGUCAGAAAGUGGGAACUUCUAAGGACAUCAGAUUUGCUUCAUGAUGGUUACUGCUGCCACCCUGAGGUAAAUAGAUCCAACAAUGGCUUUAGUGAAGUUCCAGACACUUCUCCCCUCCCCGAAACCUGCAAUUUUAUACUCAAACCACUUGAUGUUCUUGUCCUUCUGUCAGUUCUCUUGAAGAAAAGCCUCUCACUUUCACAUAGACAAUUGCAAGAAGGUACGGAAUUGGUGCUUGCUCCUCUUUUGCAUUCACCCUUGCACUUGCCAAUGCCAGGCCUCAACUUUGCCAAAUCUGAUCUGAUCUUCAGUAUGAUCCCACAGAGAAUUAGUGAAGUUGAGGCCCUUGUUAACAUAUAAGGGCUUUCUAUGGGAUGUCAGCACUCACUUUGGACUUACAAAAUUUCAAAUACUUGAGUGCUUCUUGCAAGCUGGUGCAUUUAGCUUUUGCAAAAUUGAGGCGUUCUGCUAAAUUUUGUAAAAGGGUGAGCUGAAGUUGUUGAGUUCUUGCCUCUUGGCACACAAAAUAGGCUUUAAAAACCAAUAGCUAAAUAUAUAUCUGGUAACUUUUUUUAUUUUGGAAAAAUACAUUUAAUGAAACAAUUGUGCACGAAUGAAGUGUUAUCUAUUAUUAUUUUUGUCUUAUAAUUCAUUAUUAAAUAUAGUGUUUGCAUUUGCUUGGUUGCUUUUUAAAAUCCAGUUCCCAGCUGGCUAAACUGUCUAGGGUGGAUGGAUGGGAAGCGUAAUGGGGGAGGGUGAUUGAAUCGCCUUUCUCAUUGGUAUUUCCAUCCAAAAAGUGGCUUGCUCCAGGUUUUGCAGGGGGUUGUGCUAAUUACUCUCGUAUUCUUGUACAUUUUGUUCUUUCUGCUGCUCUUGAGUAUUGUAUCAAUGCCAGAAAUGGGGAGUUAAAAAGAUGAACCCCAAUAAAUUGUUACAUUCCAAA